AUGGCAGCCGGCGAACCUGCGGGCUAUGCUCUCAGAGAAUAUGGAGCAUUCAACUACUUGUACAGUGAUUCGAAUCUGAUAGUAUUCAUCCUCAGUCAGGUUUUCAUAUAUGUGUCCCCGCCACUGCUUGAACUCGCCAACUAUCACGUCCUAGGUCGAGUGUUUUAUUACGUUCCUCAUGCUGCACCUCUUCCACCUGGAAAAGUCCUCAGGGUGUUCGGUGGUCUCAUGGCAAUUAUCGAGGCGUUGAACUCCUUGGGAGUCUCACUCUCAGCAAAUCCAUCCUCCUCAGAUAGCACGCAAGAGCUAGGAAGCCGCUUGACGAUAGCGGCGAUAUCGAUGCAACUCGCAGCGAUAGUCACUUUUGUUCUCCUUGCGACCGUUUUUUACCGCCGAUGCUCCAAAAGAGGCAUUUUGGUACGAUCCGUUUCCACACCUCUGAACACACUCUAUAUCAGUAUGGCGUUGAUCUUUGUCCGUUGCAUCUAUCGCUUAGUGGAGCACUUAGGUGCAACUGCCGUGGAGCUUGACAACCUUGACUCCCUCAAGAAGUUGAGCCCGAUUUUGAGGUUCGAAGUCUACUUCUACAUUUUUGAGGCAACAUUGAUGCUCAUCAACUCCAUCAUGUGGAACAUAUGGAAUCCUGGCCGCUAUCUUCCCAAGAACUAUCAUGUCUAUCUGGCACGAGAUGGCAGGACGGAAGUACUAGCAACUGAGCAACCUGACGACCGGUCGAUAUUACUCAAGGUGCUUUCCGUGUUGACCUUUGGCCUCUUAUUUCGCCGGAAGACACCGGACAGACCUGUCGACAACCAGUCAGAAGCAGAAGGAAUCGAGAAAUGUGACACAAGGCCCCUGAUUUUGAAGGCGCUUUCGUAUUCAACUUUCGGUAUCCUUUUUCGACAGAAGAACCAGGGCCGAGCCUUCCAGGAACUCAGACAAUACCCAGGUAGGAGUCGCGAAGGUACGCCAACUUGA